AUGGCUCGAAGUAUGCGGUCACUCAUUAGCCAUCUUGCUCUCCUGGCUUCUCUAGCCGCAAACAGUCUUGCAAGCGCUUUGUGCAAGAACCACCCUUCCAGCCCCCAUUGGCCAACCGAAAGCGAGUGGCAUUCAUUGAACCAAUCGACUCAAGGAGCCCUGCUGGCCGGAGUGGCCCCAGCAUCGAGCUGUUACGAAGGGAACCCCCUAGGCUCUGAUAUCGACUGUGAUACAGUUCAGAAAAAUUGGUUCCUUUCCCAGUUCCAUGCCGAACAGCCGGCUUCGAUUGGUUACUCCUACUGGGCCAAUAGCUCUUGUGUGGCACCGAACGACUAUGCCUACGACGAUCACAAACCGUGCCAGCUCGGCGGUCUGCCGCACUACGUCUUGAACGCGACCGAUGCCGCUCAGGUCGCGACAGCCAUGGCAUGGGCCAACUCACGUGACAUUCGUGUUGUUAUCAAGGGCACUGGUCACGAUCUUAAUGGAAGAUCCAGUGGCGCAUACGCACUCUCUAUUUGGACGCAUCAUUUACAAGAGAUUAGAUUCAACCCUCGUUGGAUUCGCCCCGCGUUCAACAGUACCGAAAACGUCGUCAUUGCCCAGACCGGCAAUACAUGGGGCAGAGUUCUCAAGGCUGCCAGCGAGGUGAAAAGAACUGUCGUUAGUGGCCAGGAUGGCACAGUUGGUCUCGGCGGAUUCAUUGGCGGUGGCGGACAUGGGCCUCUGUCAAGUUCUUACGGUCUGUCUGCCGACCAGAUUCUGCAGGCCACCGUUGUGACUACCGAUGGCUCAAUCCUUAUCGCCAAUGAUGAACAGAACCAAGAUCUCCUGUGGGCUAUCCGUGGUGGUGGCCCUGGCUCAUACGGUGUUGUCAUUGAAUACGUCAUGCGAACCUUCCCCCUGCCUUCCAAUGUCGUCGUUGGCAGUCUAUCCAUGUCAUCGCAGGAUGACGAUACGCAGGAGGCUUCCUGGGAUGGGCUCUCCACUCUGAUGCGAGCCUUGCCCGACCUCAUGGACUCUGGACUCACUGGGUUCGGUAUUGGAACAAUCUCACAGACUAAAUCCUCCAACACUUUAGCCGUCGGACGUCAAGUAGAUAUCAGCAUGCUUUUCUACUUAUUCAACUCGACAACAGCUGAGUGGACGAGCUUGCUAAGUCCUCUCCAGCAACAAAUGGCGGCUGUCUCGAAUAAUCACUCUAUUCAAAUUACUUUGUCUAAACCUAAGAUACUCCCGCACUAUCUCGAUUUGUUCGAUAUCCUUAAUCCUAGAGCGAGCAGUUGCGGAGAUAUUUCACUGUCAAGCAGCCGUCUUCUAGGUCGCCGAGAGCUUAAUGAUAUUAGCCAUGAUGCGGUAAAGGGUUAUCUCAGAAGAAUUACAACCGCCCAAGUUGAAGGCCAAAGUACCCGUCUGGUUAUCGGCCUACAGGGCGGACAGGGGCCUCGCAAUGUCGAAGACAGUAUGCGUGGCGGACUGACAUCUGCAUGGCGGGAUGCGUACCUUCACGUCCUGGUGACGGGGUCUAGUAUCGAGACUGAGAAUACCAGUCCUCGAUCUGCUCUACAGGCGGCUGCCGACUGGACUAACGCCCACAAGGAAACCGUCUGGGCUGAAUGGGCUCCAGAUUCAGGCUCUUAUAACAACGAAGCGAACCCUUUUAAUCCAAACUUUCAACGCGACUUCUAUGGAGACCACUACGGUCGGCUGCUAAGUAUUAAGGAGAAAUACGACCCUCGGUCUAUAUUAUACGUCCAAUCUGGUGUGGGGAGCCAAGACUGGGAGUAUAACUUGCAAGAUGGCAAGCUUUGUCGGAAGUAG